AUGAUUGGAUUGGAAACGCGAGGAUAUUUCAUGCAUGGAAUGAAAUGUCCUAACUGGACUGUAUUCGACAAGAUACAGCAAUACAAAGAGAUUUUGGUGUUAGAAGAAAAAGACAGAGAAGUUUCCAGGUAUGAAAAGAAUAAACUUGAACGAGGCGAAGAAAGACAUGACCAAAGGAGGGUUUGGUCAACCUUAGCAAAUCACGAACGUAUACAACGUGCAUUCGGAAACCAUAGUUCGGCGGUUGUGUCUGAAUAUUUACAAAAAGAAAAUGAUCACAAACGAAAACAAUUAGAUCUACUAAAAUAUCGUAAAAAACAGCUUAUGAAAAGUUACAGAUCUUUAGUUUCGAAAGCGAACGAUUUGGAGGAUAAAGUUUUAGUUGAACGUGCUGGUAUUAAAACUGCUAUCGAGAAGAAAAGACAAUUAUUAGCAUUGAAGGUGCAAAAUAACAGUAUGAGAGUGAUAGCAGCAAAAUAUAUCUUUUAUUCUUAUGAAAAAAUUCUAAAAAUCCUUAAGAAAGAUGAAACGUAUUAUGAGAUUGCUCUAAAUAGCUUAACACGAGAUUCUGUUGAUCAAUCUAAUUUGAUAGUAGCAGCCACCAAAAUGGGGCAAAUUGCUACGGAGCAUGUAGAUGAUCUUAAAAACGAAUAUGAAUCUAUAGAAAAUGAUAUUAGGAAGAACAUGGCUGUUAGAAACCGGACUUUGGUUGAAUAUAGAAAGUUGCAAGAAGAUUUGGAUAAAAAUAUUAAGAUCUUGCUUCCGCCUGGCGAACAAAUUUACGAUAUUGUGGAAUCGGAACCAGGAACGCCCCCCGAAGCUCAUCUAGACGUUGAGCUAAAUAAUUUCAAGACUGUUCUUCAUGAACUUGGUCAAAGUAUUGGAGUAAAAGCUGACAAGGAAAUAAUGGAUGAAUGUAGGCGUAAAAAGUUCGUAAAGGAACAUUUGAAAAUAAAAACUGAUGAUUUAAAAGAAAAGGCCCAUGACUUAGCAAAAUAUGCAAAUAACUCUGAAAUAUUAUUUGGUUUGGUGAAACAUACAUAUAACCAAGAUAAAAUUGCAUACUUAGAGAAGAAGAAAUCACUAUUAUCGUCAAUAAAAUAUGAGAACCAAAGACGUGAAAAUGCUCAUAAGUUGAAUAAAAAUUACUCUGAAUUGUUAUUGGAAUCUCGUAAUCGAUUUCAACAUAUGAAAACCUUGUUGACAACUGUUGGUGACGACAAAGAAAUAGAAGAGUCAGGUGCAAAAUUACAUUCACAUAUGCCUUUAGUAUCAAUUACUCACACACAAGAUCUAACAGAGAUUAGAGGAGAAAAUACUGAAAAGUUUGAAGACUUGUCACAGGUUUUCACCGAAGUUAAAACAAAGCUCAAAUUAUUACAUGACAAUUUUGAACCCCAUGAAAAAUUUAAUACAUGUGCAGAAUUAUUUUAUGAUCGGUUGACCAGAGAAGAUUUUGCAUGUGAUCAAGAAGUAAAAUUAGAUCUUUUGGAGGGGAUAUCAUUUGAGGACGCUUAUAUACCUACAAAUGCAUCUAUUAAAUUGGAAAGUGCUCGAAUAGUUAGGGAUAAUACUAUAGACGAACUAGUGGUAGCAGCACAAGAAGCUAGGGCCAGAAGGCGGCCAGGAUUAAUUUUCAGAAAGUACUUAAGAGAAGAGAAAAGAAGAAGAAAACGUAAUACAUGUGCUUUGUGAAAUUCACAAAUAUGUAAUUAAAAAAUAACAUUAAAAAACAAUAAACAUCAAAGUACAGCUUAUAAGAACUUAUGAGUUUUAAUGAAACCACAAAGUAAUUCUACAUAAUAAAAUUACAUAAUAAUGUGAUCAAGAAGUAAAAUUAGAUCUUUUGGAGGGGAUAUCAUUUGAGGACGCUUAUAUACCUACAAAUGCAUCUAUUAAAUUGGAAAGUGCUCGAAUAGUUAGGGAUAAUACUAUAGACGAACUAGUGGUAGCAGCACAAGAAGCUAGGGCCAGAAGGCGGCCAGGAUUAAUUUUCAGAAAGUACUUAAGAGAAGAGAAAAGAAGAA